AUGAUUAGCCAACUUUUGCUGGGCUCUGCCCUAGCCUACACCGUUUGGAGCAUUGCGUGCCUUGAGGCAAAUGUGCGCAAGGCUCGCGAGUUCAAAGUGCCCGUCGUCCGACUGUCAAUCGACGAGAACAAUGUCUUUUGGAUCCUUCUCCAGAGAUCCGUUGUUUCGAUAGGCUCCCCUUCAGUUGGUCUUCAUCCUCACCUGCAACUGGGCCCAGUAUGGGCGCUCGUGUCGCCCAUGGCUAUCAAUCUGCACUUCGCAGAUCCUGAUACCAUACAAGACAUCUUGAUGCGACGCGGUGAUUUCCAACGACCUACGAAAGAACUAAAGCUUCUGGAGCUCUAUGGCCCAUGCAUCUCGACAGCCAAAUGGGACGACUGGCCUCGCCACCGCAAAGUAAUGGCCACAUCUUUCAAUGAAUCCAUUAUCAAGUUCGUCUGGGAGGAGGCCCUCCGUCCAUCCGGGGGCAUGGUCCGGUCGUGGGCUGGUGCAACAGGAGCCGGAAUCGAGAGUUAUUAA